AUGCAUUCAGUUCCGGUGAUACUCGCCCUCACCGUACUUACAGUGCUCUUUACAUCACCGGCGCAACAAGUCAUCGGAUGGCGUCCAUAUCCUCCCCAAACCAACGGCUCCGAUCAAAUAUUCGGAGCUUCAAAGAAAUUCGAAGGCUCAUCGAAUCUAGUCCGCCUCCGUUACCACAUGGGCCCAGUCCUCACCAACAACAUCACCGUCCAUCCAAUCUGGUACGGCACGUGGCAAAAAUCGCAGAAGAAAAUCAUCCGUGAGUUCAUCAACUCAAUCUCAGCCGUUGGAUCAAAACACCCUUCCGUCUCCGGUUGGUGGAAAACUGUACAGCUCUACACUGACCAAACCGGAUCCAACAUUACCGGUACGGUUCGUCUCGGCGAAGAGAAGAAUGACCGGUUUUACUCCCACGGUAAAUCACUAACCCGGUUAUCGAUUCAGUCGGUGAUAAAAUCCGCCGUCGGUUCCAGAUCUCGGCCGUUGCCGGUUAAUCCCAAAAGCGGUCUCUAUCUCCUCCUCACAGCCGAUGACGUGUACGUUCAGGAUUUCUGCGGACAGGUUUGUGGAUUUCAUUACUUCACAUUCCCGUCGAUUGUUGGAUUCACGCUGCCGUACGCGUGGGUCGGAAACUCGGCGAAGUUCUGUCCCGGAGUUUGUGCGUAUCCCUUCGCCGUGCCGGAGUUUAUCCCGGGGAUUAAACCGAUGAAAGCGCCGAACGGUGAUAUUGGUGUCGAUGGGAUGAUAAGUGUGAUCGCUCACGAGAUUGCUGAGCUGGCGACGAAUCCGUUGGUUAACGCUUGGUACGCAGGACCCGACCCGGUAGCUCCGGUGGAGAUAGCGGAUCUUUGCGAGGGUAUUUAUGGAACUGGAGGUGGUGGUUCGUACACGGGACAGAUGUUGAACGAUGAUCGUGGUGCCACGUAUAACGUUAAUGGAAUCCGACGGCGGUAUUUGAUCCAGUGGUUAUGGAACCAUGUCGUUAGUUACUGUACCGGACCAAAUAAGCUUGAUUAG